CGGGGGGAGGGAGGGCCGCUGCUGGGCACCGGCCUGCCCGGGCCCGGUCGGGUCACCGCCACUGCACCUUUGGCGCCCAAUCCUGAGGUAAAAAACAUUUUUUAAAAUUGAAGCGGCCUGCUGGGUUUGUCUCGUGGGGGCCAGGACGAGGGAGGGGGCGCGGGGAGGCGGCAGAGGGCCCUACUCUGGACACCCCCGCGAGGGGAGGGGUGGGGUGACGGUGGGUUUAGGGGAGGGGGAUUGCACGGCUCCGGUAUUUGUCUGGUAAGCGAGCACCGGCCGUGGUCUGGCCUGGUCUACAGCUCCUGGAAAGAGAGGAAACGACCAUUGUGGCGUGCUGGGUCGAUCGGCGGGGCAGUCCCGUGCCGGAGCCGCUAGUUGCAGCGUGGGCCGGCUGAGGUCGGAGCUGGUCCGAUCGCGGUUCUCUAAUGGUCUUGUUUCACCAUGGCAACCAAUAUGGAGGUGCUGGCUCAGCAGGUAGUGGAGACUCAGCAGGUGGCUGAGGUGCCGACUGUUCAGACUUCGUUAUCUGAAUCUCCAGUGAUGACCAGCCCUUCUCAGCGUAUCCAGAUAAUUUCCACAGACUCCUCUGUAGCUUCACCACAACGCAUUCAGAUUGUGACAGAUCAGCAAACAGGUCAGAAAAUUCAAAUAGUGACAGCAGUGGAUUCAGCUGUGUCUCCAAAGCAACAGUUCAUUUUAGCUAGUCCAGAUGGAACUGGUGCAGGAAAGGUGAUCCUGGCAGCACCUGAGACAUCUAAUGCCAAGCAGCUUAUCUUUACCACCACAGACAACAUUGUGCCAGGCAGAAUUCAGAUAGUGACUGACUCUGCUUCAGUGGAACGUCUGCUAGGAAAAACUGAUGUUCAGCGGCCCCAGGUAGUAGAAUAUUGUGUAGUCUGUGGUGAUAAAGCAUCAGGUCGUCACUAUGGUGCUGUCAGUUGUGAGGGAUGCAAAGGUUUCUUUAAAAGGAGUGUAAGGAAGAAUUUGACCUACAGUUGUCGUAGCAACCAGGACUGUAUCAUCAAUAAACACCAUCGGAAUCGAUGCCAGUUUUGUAGGCUUAAGAAAUGUCUAGAGAUGGGCAUGAAAAUGGAAUCGGUUCAAAGUGAAAGAAAGCCUUUUGAUGUGCAACGUGAAAAACCAACCAACUGUGCAGCUUCGACUGAAAAAAUCUAUAUAAGAAAAGAUCUUCGAAGCCCUCUAAUAGCAACUCCAACAUUUGUGGCAGAUAAAGAUGGGACACGGUCAGCCGGUCUUCUUGAUCCAGGAAUGCUCGUGAAUAUUCAGCAACCUCUGAUCAGGGAUGAUGGUACAGUCCUUCUAGCUGCUGAUUCCAAGGCUGAAACAAGCCAGGGUGCCUUAGGAACACUAGCAAAUGUUGUAACAUCUCUUGCUAAUCUCAGUGAGUCACUAAAUAAUGGAGAUACUUCUGAAGUUCAACAAGAAGAGCAAUCUGCAAGUGAGAUUACACGGGCAUUUGAUACUUUGGCUAAAGCACUUAAUACCACAGAUGGUACAACAGCUCAUAACUUGGCAGAUGGGAUGGAUCCUACAGGAGGAGGGAAUAUUCAUGUAAUCAGUAGAGAUCAGUCAACACCAAUUAUUGAAGUGGAAGGACCCCUACUUACAGAUACACAUGUCACAUUUAAGCUGACAAUGCCCAGUCCGAUGCCAGAGUACCUUAAUGUACACUACAUCUGUGAGUCAGCAUCACGACUCCUUUUCCUCUCUAUGCACUGGGCUAGGUCCAUACCUGCGUUUCAAGCUCUUGGGCAGGACUGUAAUACGAGCCUUGUGCGUGCCUGCUGGAAUGAACUGUUUACCUUAGGGCUGGCACAGUGUGCACAGGUGAUGAGUCUGUCCACCAUCCUGGGAGCAAUUGUCAACCACCUCCAGAACAGCAUACAAGAAGAUAAACUUUCUGGCGACAGAAUAAAGCAAGUCAUGGAACACAUCUGGAAACUUCAGGAGUUCUGUAACAGCAUGGCCAAGCUUGAUAUUGAUGGAUAUGAAUAUGCAUACCUUAAAGCUAUAGUCCUUUUUAGCCCUGAUCACCCUGGUCUGACCAGUUCAACCCAAAUAGAAAAAUUCCAGGAGAAGGCACAGAUGGAAUUGCAGGACUAUGUACAAAAAACCUAUCCAGAAGAUACUUAUAGGCUAGCCCGGAUCCUAGUUCGCCUGCCAGCACUUAGGCUGAUGAGCUCUAGCAUCACUGAGGAACUGUUUUUCACAGGUCUCAUUGGAAACGUUCCCAUUGACAGCAUAAUCCCCUACAUUCUCAAAAUGGAAACAGCAGAAUAUAAUGGACAAAUAACUGGCACAUCUGCAUAGAGGGAACAAUGUAAUUUGAGGGAUUGAAGUAAUUUUCACAAAACCCGUAUAAUUAUGAAGUUAAAAGAGUAGUGUUUCAGUAUGUGCAGAUAAUACCAAUUGUUAUCAGCUUCCUGAGAGAUUUCUCGUUGUCUUUUUUGAUGUUGACAAAAUUUAAAGUAGCUAUUAAAAGACCUAUUAUAGGACCUUUCCUGCCACAAGGAAUAUUUUGGAUGCCUUUCAUUUAAAAGGCCAUAGAUUACUGAACAUACUUUUCACAUGCUUUGUAUUUAGAAACUAUCAGUGGUUAAAAAGAGUUUUAUAAUAUCAGAGUAGUAAUAAAAUUACUUUAAAAGUAAAAGAACAGUAUGUAUAUAUUUAAAAAUAUCCUUGGAAUGAAUGUCUAGCAAAUGCCAGGGUAUAAUUACUAGCACUUUGUAAUCACUUCUUGUCAGAGCAACAGCAUCAUCAACAUUCUGUUUAUGAGUAUGGAAAAUGAAAAAAAAUGGAUAUGUCCUUAGUCAAAAUGCUAGCAAUUUUUGUAAAAAUGUAGAAUGCUAAAGGAGACAAUCAUUUAAUCUACAAAAAGUCACUUGCUGUUAUGUUAUGCAUGAAAUAUUAAUGUGGAUUCUUAAAUCAGAUAUCCACAUUAUAGGAAACUUUAUCUGUUAAAUUAGUGCAGUUGUAAUACACGGUACAGUACAGUCAUAUUAUGUGCUACAGGAAUUCCCCACACUAAAGAAAAAAAGUGUUUGUCACAAUAAUGCUUAAAUAUGCAGGUUCCUUAAAGUGUUUAUUCAGACAAACACAAUCAUGACAAACGUUAUUCUAAGAGGCAGCCUUUUUACUUAGGGGAAAAUCAGUCAUUAACCGGAAGAGCAGUAAAUUUCAAAUAGAGCUGUGUGGUGCUCUUUGAGUAUGCUCUUUGUAUGCUGCAAAUUUACUCCUCCUCUCUGUACUUUGAACACCCUCAUAAUGUAGCCACAGGGUACAAUUUAAGACCUGAAAUGCGUAGAACCUCUGGUUGUCAGCAAGAGUUUAUUACAAAGCUCUCUCACUUUAUUUCUCCUUCCCUCCCUCAUGAAGCACUCCCGAUUUUGCAGUGUUCUCAACUUUCCUGUCACUCACUUUGAAACCAAAAUAUAGUUAGGAUUUACUUUCACUCAUGUACAAUUGCAGUUGAUGACUGAUGCACCAUGGAGGUAUAAAAUGAACUACUUUUUAAUUGUCUCGAGUGAUGAGCCAUCAAUAUGUCUGCUAGUAGUACUGGCCAUUAGGUGCUAGCAUAGGUUUCAUUUUACUAUAAUUUACUGUUAUGGCUGUUCAGUAUUUUAAAAUCAAAGAUUUUUUUUAAGUCAUAGCAAUUAAUACCUUCAUCUACCUGAUCCUGGCACAUUAGAUGCAUUAAUUAUUUUAAUUAUGUGUGUGUUAGAGGCAUUCUUACUUUAGUAGAUUUAUGUGACAAAACUUAUCUAAUGGUAAGUUCAGCACUUUGGUUUUUCUUCUGUUAUUGAUAUUUAUUUAGAAACAUCAACUAGGUUGGUGUUUGUGACUUUUCAGAGUCUGAAUUGUAGCCAAAAGACCUUAAGCAGCUUUAGAUGAGGCUUCUAAAGUAACAAAAAGAACUUGUAUACUUCAUGUUUGUUAGGAGGCUGAUAUUUGUAGCACUUACUGUUACACAAAAGACUAUUUAAUUUCAGCUUCUGGAUGAUUUAGUCUUCUAUAGUUACUAUUUUUAGCACAUUCAGAAUCUUCUUUUCUCACAAGAGUAUUACUGAGUUCCAGUAAUGCAGAGAUUUGUAAUACAGCACUUGUAUCUGUCUCAACUUUUGCUAUAGCAAAUGAAAUUGUCAUAUUGUUCAUGCGAUGGAAAGUCUGCUCUCUACACGUGAAGUCAGCUGGACUUCAGCUUUUAGUACCAACCAUUUGACUGUAGUGCAACUGCUGUGGGAUUGUGUCAGCACUUCUGCUGCAGAGUCAUUAUGUUAAGGGUAUAUAACUUAAAAAUUAAAAGUGAUUAAUCAGAAACAGUAGCUACCUUGGAAGAAGUAGUCGCUGCUUUUGUUAAAAUUUAAAAUUUCACUUCUACAAGAAGAAUGCAUUGAAAUAUUUUGAUUUUUUUAAUUGCCAAAAGGAUUACAGAACUUCAUUUUCUUUCAGAAUUUAAUAAAAAUUAUUUAAGCAGAUAAGAAGGCAUUUUAAUGGUAAAUUAAAUGGUCCUUAGCACAAAAACUAGCCAUUGGAAAAUUUGGUUUUAAAUCUCAAUACACACCAGCUAGUUUUUUCUUGACAAACAUCAUUUCAACUUCCAAUUUUUCAAGUAAAAGUGCCCCAUUUUCUGUGUGAAAAUUUGUUUGUAAUUUUUAUUACUUGUGAUAAUAACAAUUCAGAAAAGAAAGGCAUUUUAGUUUUUGGGGAACAAAAUGAUCACACGAAAUAAAAUGUAAAAUGUGUGCCUUGCAUUACAUAUGUAAAUCGAAACAAUGAAUAUCAUGCAGUUCUGUUUACAAAUAAACUACACUCCCCACAAAUGCAAGGCCACAUAAUUAUAUCCUUGCUCAAACCCUGCUAGUUACUUACUCUGCAAAUAGUUAUUAAAUAGCUUAUUAGGGAUAAAAUAUUAGUUUUUGUAAACUAAGUAAUAACCAUGCAAUCCAUAGUUGUGCAUGCAUUUAAUAGAUGAAAUGGAGCAGUUCCAUCCUUAAGAUUUGGAUAUUACCACCUAAAAGCUACAAAGUCCCUCUGUGCAGCAUCAUUAGCGUGAUUUGCUGGCUUGCAGAGGUCAGAAACAAGCUACUUAGUUCUGAUGCCAUUAAUAAAAAGUACUCUUUCUAACUAUACACUACUUUGAUUCCAAGACUAACAUUUUGGAUUGUAGAAAUUUGAACUUAUGUGUGUGCCUUUUCCUACCCAGGAAAAGGACUUUGUGCUUCCCCUCUUGCUUCCCCUUGGCCCAUUUCUCCCCAUAACAAUCUGUCUCAGUGGCAGCAGGAUGCUGUGAUACAUACAGUGCAGCUGCACAAUCAAGCAAGCUUUGCACGGUCUCUGCUGAAAAUAAUACUGCAACACUGACAUAGUUCUUCAAAUUUCUGAGGUUUGUUCCAUCCCUCCUACAGUGACUGGAAGAUGGUAACAGGCUAAUCUUAUUAGCUUUACUGUUAAAUUAGUUUUGGUUAUUUUUCUCCUUGGAAAGUGCAAACUUUUCCUUAUGAAUAUGGGACAGGAGAGUUUUUUAAUAUUGUAACAAUUAUUGAAGAACUAUUUCUUGAGUAUUAAAUAUAGAAAUAGCUUGUUUUCAUAAAGGUGAAAUUUAAAUGCCAAACUUGUUUUCACAAGAAGUUGGAGUCAAACUAUCACAGUCACAAAGUGAUUCUAGGAAAAGUUCAUCUCACUGAAGCUCUACUUAGUGCCAAAAUUUAUUCUCUUCAGAAGUUUUGAGGUUGUAUUUCUGCUGCUCUUCAAAUGAAAAUAUUUUAACUUGGCAGAAAUACAGUAAUGAAUUAUCUGAUUAGAUUUAUCUGAACCUGAGCAAAUGUGUAUACUCGUCAUAAUUCAGUUAGACAAAUGUUAGAACUCUUUGGUGAGACCGGGGCAUGAUAAGGAGGCAAUGUUGGGAAUGAUAAUGAGGCAGUAAUGUCCACUGUGCUUCAUUUGUUUUCCAACUCUUUUGCAAAGGAACUGGAUUUCAGUCUUGUAGAUAAAAAGCAUUUGGGACUAGCUUUGUCAUAAUGAUUUUAAUUACAUUUUUGACAAAUGUAGGAAGGUAUACUCUUUUCUUCCUUUUAUUUACUUACAUUGGACUGUAGAGUCAGAACUAAUACCAUGUGCAAAAGUAAUCUUUCUCAGCCUAUUUACAUUGCUUAUAAAUUGUCUGCAAUGCUUUUGGUGUCUGUGGAGUUACUCUGGCAUGAAACUGGUAGAGGAGAAAAAAGUUAUCUCCAAGGAGAGAUCCUUCUAAGAAGUCAUACAAGACUUUCUUUUAGCUGCCUUAAAAUGUUAGAUCAUUUAGAAGGCUUAGUUUUCAGAGCACACUGCAGCUAGAAACUAUUGUUGCUCUCCACUGAUUAGCUGGCGUCAUUUGCCAAGCCUCCUUUCACCAUCUUCUGAAGCCCGUGGCCCCCAGAAAGCCAUGAUGCCUCUGGUGAGGAGCUCUGGUUCCAGUGUGUGCAGAAUCCAGCAGCUCCGCAUCACCAUUACAGUUCCCUUUGGCAAAGGGCAAAUUCUGAGGCUGCCAUAGAGAAACCAAGUCAGGGCUGAAGCUCCCAGGUGAAAUCAGUUUCGUGACUCUUGUUUCUCCUUUGGCAGAGACUGUAAAACACUUGUGUGGUUUUUUUACUGUUCUGUAUAGUACACAGAACUCACAGAGUCCUGAAUUACUUCAUUCAGGAUACUGCAGGUGUCAGUAGGUUUUCCUGGCCAUUAAAGUUCAGACAGUAGUUAGGAUUCUUUCUUGAUUACCUGUUGUUUAAUUAGUAAAAUACAAUAAUAAAAUAAAAAAAUUAGCACCAAAUAGCAUGACUAGCACAGGGUUUCAGGAAUGCAGUUUAACCAGGAAGACAGAACUGGAAAUGAAUGGGCUGCUCAAGCAGUGACAAAGCAGCUUCCUGCACUAGCAGCACCAGUCAGGGCCCUGUUUGAAUCAGGAGAAGUGAGCAGUAAAAUUGGCAGGUCAGUCAGACAGGUGUACCAGCACACAUCUACUGGAUGAUACCAUCCUGGAAAGACCAAAAAUGUUGAUUUUCUAUUUGAGAUCCCUCUCUUCCUCCCCUGUUACUCUUAAUAGUGCAAAACCAGGUGUUUUUUUCACCUACUCUUGUCCAUAAGAGGAAAAGCAUAAAUCCCAGAAAACACAGGCAGAUGCCCACCUGUUCCCAGGGUUUGCCACACUAGCUAUACAGCAGAGUUUUUGCAGUAGAUGGCUUUGGUGAUAAGCAUGGGCCAGCUGACAACAGCACACAACAGUCUGCAGUCCUAACGCUUCCCAACAUCCAGCAGGGAUCAGCGAAAUGAGGGCAUGGUCACCCUAGAGAGGAAAGUGAGGGGCAGAGGAAGGACAAAUUGCCAGCAUCUACUGGAUCUUAAAUGACAGGAAAUUAGUGUAGAAACAGCUUUAUAUGAAAAAUUACCAAGAGGGGAUGGCAAAGGAGAGCAAAUGAAGGCAUUUACUUUUUGCACCUUUUCAUUCUAAAGUUGCUGAGUCAUUUUAACAGUAAAUACUCCUGAAUUAAGUUCAGGCUUAUUGUUUGAUGCCAUUAGCCCAUCUUGUUAGAUAAUGCUACAAGCCUACUUCAGGUGCAAUCAGUGUUAUCAACAUAUGGGAAAUUAUUUGUGAAAAAAAAAAUUACAACAUUAUUUAUAGUGGGGUUACAAGAUAAAGUAAAAUUCUUUGUAAAGUUUAGAUGCUUUAAGCAUCUGAAGUUUAGAUGUUUUUAUUGUGAAGUCAUGCUAAGUUCAUCACAGGUAGUACUGUUGUAAUGUUCCAUUAAUGCCCACAGUCUGUUCAGUCCUCUUUGUUACAUGAAUGCUUUGAAAAUGGCUUAUUAUUGUUAAAUUCCUGCCUUUCUUUUUAAGGGGUUUGAUAGAGUUGUACAUGUCUAUUUUGUGCCUCCCACCGUUGUGCAUUUCUGCAUGUUCAGUUCUAGAACUCACUCGAGCAGAUGAUGCAUAUGUAAAUAGCUGUAUGUAUGUAUGCGUGUAUGAAUGUAUAUGCUUAUACCUCUCUGUCUAAAUAUUUUCUGUACAGUGUAUAGGAAAUGUGUAGUGUAUGUAUAUAUGUACAGAUAUGGAGACAUUAUUCAUCUAUUAUGUGCUAAAAUUUUUUAUUCAUUUGCUAAACCAUAGCUUCCUAAUUUGGUGAAUCCUCACAAAUUUCAGAGCUUUGCACCUUUUUUCUAAACCAGUCUGAAUUCACUAUUUGCUGUUCAGAACUGACAAAUAUAUUCCAUUAAUUUUCUGGCUUUUACAUUACUCUCUUUACCUUUUCUCAUUUGACCUAUAGAGGUCUGCAAGUCAAUAGUUAA